AUGGAGGCCGGGCAGCUUCGAAGCACCAUCACCGCUCUACACGAGCGGGCUGUGGAUCUGGAGCGGACGAUCGCGUCCGCCGAGGAGGGCGGGCGGCUGCACAACUGGCCCGCCGCGCUGGGCCACUUUCAGCUCCUCUCACAGCAGCUGCAGCUGCUUUCCGAUCGCGUGAUCGCUGAGGAGGCGCUGCUGCAGGACCAGGCCGUGCAACCGCUCAGCCUGACAGAGCACUCGGCGACUAUCCCCAUGCUGCUGAGUACGAUGCGCGACCCGGAGCAGGAGGAGGAGCUGCAGCGCGAGCUGGCCGCCGCUGCAGGCGCCGCCAGCUGCGAACCCACCACACACCCGGCCCACGAGGCCGCGUGCGUACACUUUGCGGAAGCGGCAGCGGCCGCGGGGCUGCCUGGCGCAAGCGCGCUGCGUUUCGGAGGCGCGGGCGGCCCCGAGGGCGGGCCACAGCUGUUCAAGCGGCGGCGAGCACAAUGA